AUGUCUUGGAACGAAGGCAUGUUUCCGCCCGGCAUGAACAACAUGCCUGGCAUGCCCGGGUCCCUGGCUUUUCGGCCCGGCCCGCCGCCGCCUCAUCAUGGCCGCCACCACCACGGCCAUGGGCAUCACCACCAUGGCCCUUCCCCUCCUCCUCCUCCUGGCUCUGAUCCCAGCCCUGCUCCUGGUAAUGAGGUCGCCUUGAUCACCGAUGACGUGGCGGCCGAGACUACUGCCGAGGCUACCGCCACGGAUGCCAAGACCAAUGACAACAACGAGAAGGGUACUGACAACAACAACAACAACAACAACAACAACAACAACAACAACAACGGCGACGAUGACACCCGUGAGGGUAGUCGCCAGCGCUGCGGUGGCCGUCACCGCCACCACCAUCACUGGGGCGGACAUCACGCUGACUGGGACGCCUACGCGAGCGCGCCCUUCGGCGGACCUUGGGCUACCAGUAUCCCUCAUCCUCCUCCUCCGCCUCCUUAUGGUUUUGCCGGUCCCCAUGGCCCUCACGGCUUUGGCCCUCGCGGUUCCAGAGGUGGUCGUCACGGCCGUCGUCACCACCAUGGCCACCACGAGGACGGUCCAGGCGGCUUCGGUGAGUUCGGGUUUGGUGGCCCCGGUCACUUUCAUGGACGCGAACAUCACGGUCGUGGUUUCGGCCGCUGGGGAAGGGACGAGUCCGAUGCUGCCACUGCCAUGGGAACCGAGGCCGCUGAGCCCAUGACGACUGCUGAUGCCAAAUUUGGUGAUGAGGAGGGCACGUGUACCUCGUCUUCGUCCUCAAGCAGCGAGAGCGAGAGUGAGGAGGACAUCACCAAGACCGAGAAAGACGACUCUCCUUCCACGGAGCUGCUGCGGGGGCUCCUUCUGGCUCCGCUGCUGAUGCUGCUGCCAACGCUGGUGGAGAGCAGCCCAACCCCGAUAACUGUUCCGGCCGCCGUGGUGGUCGCUGCGGUGGUGGUUGGCGCGGCUGGCGCGGCUGGCGCGGUCCUCCUUGCUGCGAGAGCUGCGAGGGAGCCCGCUCGGCUUGUCGUGCUGCUCGUCAUGCUCGCCAUGCUGCGCGUGCCGCCGCAUACGCUGCUCGCUCUGGCGAAGAGGGCACUGCCCCUGCCGACCAUGCCGGGCCUGGUGUUCCCGGUGCGGAUGAGGAUGAGGGUGACCGUCCUCGUGGCUGCCGCAGAGGCCGUCAUGGCGGCUGUCAUGGCGGCCGUCGCGGUGCUCACGGCCAUGACUUCCACGGCCACGACGGCCCUGGCCCCUGGGCCCGUGGCGACUUCUUUGGCGCAGGCUUCGGUCCCGGUGGCCCUUACUUCCACCACCAUCGCUUUGGCCCUCCUGGCCCGCACGGUGGCCCGCACGGUCACCACGAUCGUCGCGGCGGCCGUCAUGGCGGUGGUCCCUCUGGUCCGGGUGGCCCCGGUGGACCUUUCGGUCCUGCCGGUCCCUUCGGUCCGAACGGUCCUUUUGGCCCGGAGGGCCCCAUCGGCCGCCACUUUGGCCCCGACGGCAUCAGUCGCCGUAGCUUCGGCCCCAUGA